UCCUUGGUUUUUUUUUUUUUUUGGAUAAGAGAUUCUUUUCUUCCUUGUUAUUUGAUUCUUUGAAAGAGUAAAAAACCAUUGCUAUUGAAUUAACCCUCUACCAUGUUUAACUAUUUAUUCAACUCUAUAAGAAUGAUAUUAUCUAAUCAAUUCAAUGUUUGAAUACUAUGUGACUUUCUAUCUGUUUAUUCAUACCAUCAAGAGAUUCCAUGACUUCAUACUAAGAUAAGGUACUUUUAAAGAACUUGAUCUCAAUAUUUAGUUUUUGAUUAGCAUUUCUUUAAGUCAGUACUGUGGAAAUGUAUUUACACGUUCUUGGGUUAUUAGAAGUUUUGAGAAGCAAUCAAUCCUACGUUUGUUUCAUUCGAAUGCAACCAGAAAGUUAUUUUCUCUUAAUAUUCUUUCACAAUGAUCUCUUACUAAGAUGUAUUUUCUCUUUGCGAAUCUAUUUCUGAAUAUAUAUACCCAUAUUUCCUUUAGCUCCUUGUUCCAGAUUUUCUGUUUCUUAUUAUUGUUUAUGUAUACAAACAUGCUUCAUUUCUUCCCUUACAUUCAAAAUAAAACAUUUUAUAUAAAAUACUAGUUCAGAAACAGAGAAUCAAGGAAAUUCGUCCCCCAUUAUUGCUGCAGCUGAAAAAUCUAAUGGAGUCUGUGUGUGGAUGGAGAAGCCAUGGGAGACCUCAAAAUUGUUCAUCAUAUCUCCAUUGCAGAAACUUGGAAGCUUCGCUGAAAGAGAAAGACGUGGCAACCUGAUAAUGAAUCAUAGAUUGAGAUCGCCGAGUGGCAGUUAGUUAGACGUGCACCCAUUUUCCCUCUUUCUCCGUUUAAUAAAUUCCCAUGGCCACGUUCAUCCGCAUCGUUCCUUCUCUCAUGGCCAUCUCCUUCCUCCGAUUCUCUCUCUAUCCGCCGCAUUGUCUCACCGCCGCCAAGUGGACGGCGCUCCUGACGCUAACUGCAGCCGUGGCCUCGUUCGCUCCGGAGUUCAUAUUCACCAAUGCGACGUCGCUUUCGUCGUCGUUCUCCAAAUCCUGCCGCCGAGACGGCUACAUCAGGAUCCCGCUGGACCUCCCYGGAGAUGUUCUGUGCUUGCCGGCGAAAAUGGUGACCCGCUCCAGUUUGGAUUUCUUCGUCCCUACCGUAUUCGCUGCUCUCGGCGUCGGCGUUUCGGUUUGCUUCGUUCGAUCCUUUGGAUUGUUGGAGAACGCCGAGAACUCUCGAUUCGAUCGAAGUUAACUUGUGUAAAUCAUUCAGAACUUGUUGUUUCAUUUGUAAUUUAAGUUGACGAUGUUUCAUCAUUGGGUUCGUUUUUCCUGACGAGAGUUGGGGAGAUGAUCUUCUCACAGAAGAUCAGAAAAUUUUCAUGGGCCUUGAGAGAAUCUGCAUUGGCCCAUUGAAAUGGGACCCACUGUUAGCUGGUCAGCCCAAUUGAAACGUAAUGGUCCUCCGCCUCUUUGGGCUUGCAUCGCGUAUUGCACAAUUUUAUUUUUCCUUUUAAAUCAAAAAGUUUCAGAUAUUAUAAAAAUAUCUACAUUUUCUAGAUAGGCUUUAUUUCGU